CUGCAGACGUUGGCAACACCACAAGCCACUAACACGCAGUGUUUACUUGACAGAGCUGUCUAAACAAAGGGAGUCUUAUUUAUUGUACAAUAAGAUGUUACUAGGCUGCACAGGCAAGGGUUUACUAUUUGUCACAUGAAACGCAAUGCUGUGGCAUAAUAUUAACAGUAUACUAAAAAAAACUUUUUAUGGAGUCAUAUUACAGUCAUUUUGGACUUGUAAGUUCAUAAACAGAAGUGUUUUCUGUCCCUAAGCUGGACAUUUAAGACAACACACAGAAAGUCAUGAUGAUUGUGAAAGGAUUUCACAUACAAAUAUGUAUUUAAUUAGCUUGUUAUCUUUAAAGUAAGAGGUUUAUGGCAAAGCCCUGUCUUCUAGACUGGAUACUGAACUCCACCCUCACUGAGGCGUGAUACCAAACCAGAUCCACGGGGAAGCCAGACAGAGGUCUUCAGAGAAGAGUUUAACAGCCGCUGAAUUACAAGAGAAAACUUACAUCCAAAGUGGCUGUAUUCUUUAUCAGAGAUAUUCAGUGAUAUUCAGAGGAUCAGAGGACAGAGAAGUAAGCAGGCCUUGCUUUGAGCCAUGGACUGGAAGACUUUUCAAGCCCUGCUCAGUGGGGUGAAUAAAUACUCCACUGCAUUUGGCCGGAUCUGGCUCUCAGUGGUUUUUGUGUUUAGAGUGAUGGUUUAUGUUGUAGCAGCUGAGAGAGUUUGGGGGGAUGAGCAGAAAGACUUUGACUGCAACACCAAGCAGCCGGGAUGCGCGAAUGUCUGCUAUGACUACUUCUUCCCCAUUUCCCACAUCCGGCUGUGGGCUUUGCAGCUCAUCUUCGUCACCUGUCCAUCGCUGAUGGUGGUCAUGCACGUGAAGUACCGCGACGAGCGCGAACGCAAGUACCGCCAGAAGCAUGGCGAAAAAGCCAGGCUCUACGACAACACGGGGAAAAAGCACGGUGGACUGUGGUGGACGUACCUGAUCAGCCUUUUUGCCAAGACUGGCAUCGAGAUCUCCUUCCUCUACAUCCUCCAUCACAUUUACGACAGCUUCUACCUGCCAAGACUGGUGAAGUGUGAGGAAAACCUAGUCCCCCCAUGUCCCAACACUGUGGACUGUUACAUUGGUCGACCCACAGAGAAAAGAGUCUUCACAUAUUUCAUGGUUGGAGCUUCGGCUCUUUGCAUAGUGCUCAGCGUCUGUGAAAUCAUCUACCUGAUCUCCAAACGCGUCAUUCGAUGUGCCAACAAGUUUAAGAGGUCUCAGAGAAGCAACACACCACUUAAUGGACGAUACAGAGAUGAGGACAGCAACUGCACCCUUCCUAUGGACACCAAACCCGAGUAUAAGUUGGAGUCUAAACCAGACUUUAGGUCUGAGUAUAAACCAGGGUCUAAACCGCAGUUUAAAUCUGAACUCAAGCCAACGUUUAAGCCAGCCUACAGAUUGAGUGUGGACAUGAGAGCUUCUGCUCCAAAUCUCUCAGUACCCAUGUACAAGAUACAGUCUGAUAUACUUUGAAAAACUUUUUGUUUCUUCUCAAUCAAGUAUUCUUAGUCAUCUAGAGGCAUAAAACAAGCUUUGAAUGUCUGGACAGUCCCAAAGUCUUUGAUCGCCCAUCAAAAACAUUUGGCAGGUGGUGCGUGAAAUUCUAUAUGCCAGAUUCAGAAACUUUUGCCUUGGAAAUUAAGUGUCUUGCCUAUUUGAGCAAUCGUGAUUAACCCGGGAUUGAGAUAUCACUGGUUGUGGAGUCUUUUGAUUACCAGCCUAGUUACUUCAGGCUUCAACUCCAGCACAAAUGACUGCAUUACCACCUUGACUCUAAGCCUUAAUGGAGGCUGAAUGCAUUCCUUUUCUUCUGAUUCAUUCCUCUCACUCAUUUCUUAAAAAGAACAAAGGUGAAAACCACUGAAAAAGCUCAAGAGUUAUCAAAUAACCAGGAUGGCUUUCAUGGAGAACACACCUUGCAUACAAACCCACCUCCACCUUCACACGCACACAAAAAGAUAGGAGGAAGAGUGGAUUUCCUUUGUAUAUUAGAAGACGUAAUGAAAUGCCUCAUGGGUGUCAUUGUUUACGAUGUCUCAAUGUCCUGGUAUUUGUUACAAAGAUCAAAGUUUUACAGUUGAAGCUAUUACAACUAUAACAGUUUCUUAGUGGAGGUUUAUAUGCAAACACAUUCUUACGCUGGAAAAUUGAGAGGUAUAUAAAAUAUAACACAUAAGUGUCCAUAAGAUGGGCGAUCAGGGAAAAAUUUUCGUCCAUUUUUUGUUGUCACCUUACUGUAGACUGUGGACUAACCUCAGCCGGUUUACACUUGGCAAGCAUUUGUAAGAUUCUGACUUUGUUCAAACUUGCUGUUAUGAUUAUGUCACAUGUUUUCAUAGAGAUAUUUAAUACUGCUGCACACUUUGGCUUUGUAUCAAAACCUGAAUCAACGCACUGACAUAUCACUUUAUCAUGUUGUUGUUUUUCGUAAAAUUGCCCAAAUGGAGUUCUUUUGUAUGAGACAUACUAUGUAAUGGUAUUGUAAAUCAGGAAGCUUUUAAAGCUCAUUCUUUUUUUUAUACUGUACAAAUAAAGUAUAAAAAUACCCAUCAA